CUCCUUUGCACCAUCAAACCACCAGCCCCUCGAGCCGCCGCAAACAUGCUCUCCCUCACCGCCAUCCGCAGCGCCGCCGCCAUCCGCUGCUCGUCUGUCACCAACGCUCGCUGGGCGGCAGGGACAGUCAGGAUGUACUCGGACAAGCCCGGCUCCGCCGGUGCCACCGCCCAGUCCACCACCUUCAAGAACAGGGAGCAAGCGCAGGAGGCACAUUACAUCAAGCAGCAGGAGGCCGACAAGAUCCGCAAGCGUGAGUGCCGCGACUACAAGUGAUGUAUCCCAUCCAGCCAGGCGCCGGGGCUUUAUCAGUUCCCACGAAUUUCUCCGCUUUACCACAACUGACUUCUCUUUUCCUAUCCUCGAGCAGUCCAAGAGAGCAUCAAGAAGCAGCGCGAGGAGCUUAACAAUGUGAGCAUCGGCAUCGGAGACGGCUUGUCCCCUUGACGAAGGCCCAUCUGACCAUACUCUUUCACCUCCCCCUUGGCGCACGCACAGCUCGAGAAGCACGUCAACGAAGUAGCCGGCUCGAGCAAGAAGUAAACAGCCACACACCAGGGCCAUGCUCGCACCGCUCAAGCGUGAUGAAAAUGUAGUACCGCACAG